GUUCUUACUGAAAUACAAAUAUCUUAAAUAAAAAAAUGUAUUCACUUCAUUCCUAAACAAUGGCGACGACCAUCAAAGAAGAGGCUGAUGCCCAGGUAACUUUUGAAGACCAGCAGAAAAUCAACAAGUUUGCAAGAACAAAUGUCAAACUAGGUGACAUUAAAGAUGAGCUGAAAAAUAAAAAGAAAGAUCUUGAAAAUCUGGAGAUUGCGGAGGAAGAGUUGCUGAUGCUGGAUGGAGAUGAUACACUCAUUCCAUACCAAGUAGGGGAAGUGUUCAUCAGUAUCAACUCUGAAGAGACAACAACCAUGUUGGAGAAGGCCAAGGAAGCCACACAGGCGGAAAUGGCGGAACUCGAAUCACGGGCUGAUGGACACAAGAAAACACUACAAGAUCUUAAAAUAGAGCUUUAUGCAAAGUUUGGGACAAAUAUUAAUUUAGAAGCUGAGGAUGAUUCAUAGUUUUUCUUUUCAGAAAUUGGAUAAUUCAUAGUUUUCUUUUCACAAUUGUUGAUACAUUUUGUAAAAUGAUGCUGACUUGAAAAUUUGGAAUGUAUACAUGCAUUUAAUAUGUCAAUCUCAGAUGAUUGAAGAAAAAAAAAAAAUGUUCGUAUCCACAUUUGAGGACAGUUCUGUGAAUGAUCAUUCUGAUCAAAUCUUAAAACUGAAGUAAAUUGGGCUAUCCAAUUAUCUUUGCACUAUUAAAACAAGAAAUUGGCUUAAAAAAAUAACUUUGAUCCUCUGCAGUUAUCGUUUUUACAUUAAAUGAUUUUCAUCUCAAUAAAAUCAACUCUUUUAAAGUGUA